AUGCUAAAAAAUGGAUAUUUUAAGGAAUUUUUGGAUAACAGAGCUGGAAAUGGUUUUGUAAAAGCCAGGGAUUUAACCAGACACUCCGAUUUGGUAGAACCAAAUCAGGUGGUCAAUAUGAUAAUGGGUGGAACCGAUUUCGUAGGGACGCCUUUUGUGACUAAAAGAACCAAGUUCAUAAUAACACGGGACAAGAGGUCACGAAAUUACGUCCCUAAAGAAGCAAUUGUGUUUAUCGAUGAAGAUGCGGAAGGCGUUACGUUUCCUCAUAAUGAUGCGUUGGUAAUCUCUGUCAUGGUUAUAGAUUGCCAGAUUAAGCGUAUAUUGAUUGAUCUGGGAAGUUCAGAAAACAUCACUAGGUGGAAAGUGGUAGAUGAAUUAUCAAUUUUGGACGGUGUGAUACCGUCAUCUCGGAUACGGGGUGUAACACUUAAUGGGUUCAAUAUGGCAUACGUAACAGUAAAAGCAGAAAUUAUAUUGCCAAUCAAUGCGGGAGGAAUGCUCAAGCAUACCAAGUUCUAUGUAAUUGGUGGUGAUAUGAGCUAUAACGUUAUAUUCAAAAGACCAUGGAUACACGAUAUAAAGACAGUACCUUCCACCCUUUACUUGUUGCUCAAAUUCCCGACGCUUGACGGGGUAAAGCAAAUUUGGGGUGAACAGUCUGCGGCAAAAGAAAUGUUUGCUAUAGAAUCAUGCGAGAAGAAAGAGCCAAAUCAAGAGAAUGAGGGAGCACCUUCGGCAGAAAAAGGAGAUAAAAUAGGGCAAAAUAGCAAUUACAGCAGGUCGGAUCAGUAG